AGACUGGGCCUGCCUGACUCCGAGUUGCCUAGGUCUGCCUGAUGGAGCCGGCGCCCGAGCAGCGGCUGGAGCCUGAGCCCGGGGCCGUGCUGGUUCCCGCUGGCCGCGUGCUCAGCCCAGAGGAGUUAUUCGCAGCCCGAUCUCGGGACCAGAAGCUGCCCCUGCGCUCCCACGGCCAGAAGCUCUUCCUCCCCGACGGCUCCGAGGCCCAGGAGGAGCAGCUGCGGCUGUGUAGACAGGAGCUGUGGACCCUCCUUGCGGAGGAGCGAGUGGAGCGACGGGGCAGCUUGGUGACUGCCGAGUGGAGUCCUCAGGAUGGGGUGGUAACUCUGAAGUCCUUUGCAGGUAAAUUCUGGCAAACCAUGGGCUUCUCUGAAGGGGGUCAGCAGCGGUUAUACCCAGAAGAGGCCCUGUACUUGUUGGAAUGCGGAUCCAUCCAACUUUUCUACCAAGACCUGCCCCUGUCCAUCCAGGAGGCCUAUGAGAUGCUAUUAGCCCAGGGUACAAGAGGCUUUCUGCAGUACCAGGUUUUCAGCCACCUGAAGAGACUAGGCUAUGUGGUUCGGAGGUUCCAGCCUAGCUUGGUCCAGUCUCCCUAUGAGAGGCAGCUUAACUUGGAGAGUAGCAGUAUUUGGAGCUCUGAAAAGUAUCAUGGAAAGAGAAAGAGGAGGAAUUCUAGUCCUUGGUCCACUAAUAAGAAACCCAAAGUGCUGGAGAAUCCUCUGCCAGAGGUGAUUGGGACCAAUGAGAGUCAGGCAACUUCAAGCCAAUGUGCCCCCAGCCAGAACAGCAGAUCUCUGGAGGAGAAAGCCCAGGAAUCAAGCCAUGUAAAGGAUCCAGGGGGCUCCAGUUGGCCUCCUGAAUCCCCAGAGCAGGUCCCUGACCAGACAGAGCAUCAUGGUAGGACCCUGAAGGGAGGAAGAGAAAGCCAGGAUAGAGCAACGGAUGAUAAUGGGAACAAUGGAGCUUGUAAGCCCCGAUGGGACUUUGAGAAAAUUGCAUUCCCUAACAUGGCCUGCGAUCGCCCCCAUACCCUACUGCUUGCCCCAGCUCCAGAGUUGCUCCCGGGGAAUAUUGCUGCGAGGGAGAUUGAUGCAGCCUCUUGGUGCCAGAAGCUAAAUCAGCGGAAAGAGAAGCUUUCCAGGAGGGAGAGGGAGCAGCAAAGGGGGACUACUCCCUUCCGAAGUGAUGUGAACGCAGACCCCGAAGUGCAGCGCUGCACCAGCUGGCGGGCGUAUAAGGAGCUGCUACAGCGGCGGUGGCAGCAGCAGAAGACCUGGAAUCGACACCCCAACUUGUGGGACCAGCCAGUCACUCCCCUGCUGAACCCCAGCCAGGCAGUCAGCCCAGCCACUGCUCUACAACAGAUCUCCUUACUGCAAACCACUCACCUCACUGAUGGAGUUGAUGGGCUGUUGGAGAAAUCUGGGGACAUGGAGAUCAGUUUUGACAUCUAUCAGGCUGAUAGUGUAUCCAGUUUCCGGAAAAAUGACCCAGGAAGGCCAUAUGUUCGGAUGUGCAUCAGUGGAUUUGAUGAACCUGUCCCAGACCUGCACACCCUCAAGCGGCUGUCCUUUCAGAGCGGGGAUGUUCCCUUGAUCUUUGCCCUGGUGGAUCAUGGCGACAUUGCUUUCUAUAGCUUCAGGGAUUUCACACUGCCCGUGGACCUGGCACAUUAACCACUUGGCCUCCAGAUCUCAUUGGGAUAGCCUCUGGCCUGGGUCAGAGGUAGCUACCCAGCUGAUAUGAUGGGGGAAAGCAUCGCUUCAGUUUUGGCAAGCUUUGCUCUCAGGAAUGACUUUACCACUCAGACCCCUGAUUCUCAACUGUUUCCUGUAUUGGAGCCUUCAUCCUUUACCGAUGUUCAUCGAAGCCUAAGCCAUCUCCACAGGAGAGCAGGCUUAAAAAAAUGCCGGGCAAGUUGUAUUGCCUUAGUUGGGGAACAUUCCUCAUGUUCACUCUGAUUCUUUAGUAGUGUCCUUAGGACCUAGUACCUUUCCUCCCACAGGCCAGAUAAGAGAAUCUUGGUCCUGUUUUAAUGUAAGAAAGGUUGGAUCCAUCUGGGGAAACAUGGAUGAGGCUAAAAUCAUUAAACCCCUUUCUUAUGUC